GUAAACUGAGUGAUCAUUCUCGGUCUCGUGUGGUGAAAGGUGACACUUGACCAUAAUCUGUUCUCGCAGCUGCUCAGCCAUUGGCUGCUUCACACGUCAAUCAAAAGCUCAAAGUUGCAGUAAAGUAGAGGAUCCAGUUUGGAGGAGGAAGUUGUCGGGUAAUUUGUGAAUGCAUUGGGACAGGUGAUCUUGGACAGAUUCAUCUUUUCUGUUUGUUAUUUUGACAGUGAGUUCGUCUUGGUGCAGAAUGGAGGGCCGACACGACAGUUCACCCAUGCAGGCUUUCGAGAAGGACGUUUUGGAAAUGACUUGUGAAGAUGUUUAUGACAUUUCUUACGUGAUCGGCAGAGAUUUAUUAAAAGUCAACACAGGGAGCCGGGAGUUCUCGGAUUUACAGUUCAAAAUCGUCCGCGUGCUGGAGAUGUUUGAGACCAUGGUGAACAAAUACAACCUGUCCCUGGAGGAGCUGAGGAUGGAGCUGGAGAACAUGAAGCGACAAGCGGAGAGAGUUGUAGCAGAGGGUUCGAGCGGUAACACGACUGUUGGGCCAAAUCAACUAGUGGUGGAUUCAAAAGACCCAAACCGACCACGAUUCACCAUGCAGGAGUUAAAGGAGGUUCUGCAAGAGAGAAACAAACUCAAAGCCCAGCUGCUGGUGGCCCAAGAGGAGCUGCAGCUCUACAAGAGUGGGGUCCUGGGAUCAGAGCAGAAGAUGGUGGAAGUGAACCUGGAGACCCUUCCUCAGUCAGAAGCUGCACCGUCCAGCGGUACAGAGGAGAACCGAGAGAAGAGCACCAUCCAGAAACUAUUCUCAUUUCGACAAAAAUAGUGGCCAGGGUUUGGCACAAACUACAACACAUCUGAGACAAACAAAGCCCCUUCUGCCUGGCUGAGGAGAGAUGGGAAGAAGGGAUCUCACUAUUUUUUUAACAAUGCUGACCCACUUGUGGCUGGAAGUCGUCUUACUCAGUGUUUUUAAAUUGUGUAUUUUUUUUUAACGCUGUGGUUGUGUUUGUUACCGAAUGUGAAGCCAAACAUGAAUGACUAGAUGUCAGAAAGUCAAAUGUCCCUCUGAACACGAGCUCUAGUAGCUAACAUACGUUUGCCGACUAUUUGAAGCAUACUACAUUGUCAUUAUUAUUCUUCCAUUAUCACACUAUCUUUUACUGAAAUAUUAUAUGACAUUACUAGAAUCAAUUGUACAUCAGUCAUUUUUCUAAUAGCACAAAGACACAUUUAGCUAUUUUGGUGACAGUACUAAACCUAAUUAAAUCUGCUGAAAUGCAUUGAUUUUGCCGUAUAUAUGCCAUACCCGGCUAUUUGGGUGCUAACUGAAUAAGAAAACCUCUUCAGUCUGUAUCUGUAGCAAUGGCUGACAAGAUUUUGGACAAUACUAUCUAUCCAUAUGAUUUUGCAACUUUUAGUUCUAAUUUUAAUAAACAAGGGAACAUUAGGAGGGUCAAAAUUGAGGAACUUCCACCAAAACACGAAAAAGUCUGCUGUACGAGGGAAUGUCUAGUGCACUGAAUCUAAUGUGAAGUGAUGGAUUGUGGG